GCAGGUCUCGCGCAGCUGGAUCUUAUAAAGGAGUGUGAUUGGUCCGCAGACGCGCGUGGCUCAAACAGGUGCGUGAGUGUGAUGGACCUGCGGCACUUAAUCUGCUGCUCGGCGGUGUUUGCCUUGCUCUCAGGUGUUCACGGAGGCUGCAGCAGAAAUCAGUGGCAGUGUGAUGAUGGAGUGUGUGUCACACACAGAUGGCGCUGUGACGGUGUCAGUGACUGCCAGGAUGGAUCUGAUGAGAUGGACUGCGUAUGUCAGCCUGGAGAGUUGGAGUGUGCGGAUGGCUCCGGGUGUGUGAUUGGGUCGGGCGUUUGUAACGGCCGGCCCCAGUGUCCCGACACUUCAGAUGAGUGGGACUGCAGCAGGCGUUUAGGGUGUCUGUCAGGUGACUGGAAGUGCAAGAACAGCAUUUGCAUCCCACAAGAGCUUCUCUGCAAUGAUGUCAACGACUGCGGUGACAACUCUGAUGAAGAAACCUGUGGUUCCUGUGGGAAGAUGAACAUCCGCUGUCCUGAUGGCACAUGUCUAACCCCGAGACAGAGGUGUGAUGGAGUUGCUCAGUGCUCCGAUAAGAGAGAUGAGCCUCUUACAUGUGGUAAAAGUUGUCAUAAUGGGAAUGGUGGCUGUAGUCAUACUUGCAUUGACCAGCUUUGGGGAGCUUUGUGCACUUGUCCCACUGGAAUGAGACUUUCUGCAAAUGGACUUGAUUGUGAAGAUGUCAAUGAGUGUGCCCAGUCUUUAGGACCUUGCAUGCACUUGUGCACAAAUACACCUGGGUCUUUUCGGUGUCUGUGCCAGAAUGGUUUCAAACCUCUCGGCAACGGCUCUUGUGAAGCUCAAGGAGCCGUGACAAAGAUAUUGACCACCAGGAAGGGGCUGAUUGGGUUUGUGAAUGUGAAAACCAGAGUCUAUGAGCCGCUCUUUGCAAGUGAGAGCGACCCUAUAACAAUGACCUACGAUAUCCAAAGAAACUUCAUCUACUGGGCUGAUAAAGAUGGGAAUAUCUACAAGGCUUUGAACCGGAAGAGCACGAUUCUUUAUUCAGGGCAGUCUGGUUUGCACAGUCUAGCCAUCGACUGGCUUACUGGACAACUGUACUGGACGAGCAUUACCCAGAAAGCAAUCUACACCGGUGCAGCUGAUGGUAGUGCUGUAGGCAUGGUCCUGUCCAAAGAAAUGGACCCGAUAGAUAUGGUCCUCAGCCCAACUGAGAGUUUCAUAUUUUGGAUUAAUAAAGGAACGAAUGAUGAGCUAACCAUUGAGAGGGUGGAAAUGGAUGGUUUGAAUCGGAUAACACUGGUUUUCAUUACUGCACAGCUACCGAGAAGUCUUGCAUUGGAUGUGGCAGCACGCCGACUGUAUUGGAUCAGUGUUUACAAAGCGUCAAUUGAGAGCAUCAGGACAGACGGCACUGGACGGCAUACCUUCUGGGAUUUCUUUCAAGGACGUCCUGCUCAGACCCUGGCCGUGUUUAAUGGCUGGUUUUACUUGGCUGAUGAGAAGAAACUCUGGCAGGCUCGUCAAAAUAUGCCUUCUGACAAACAAAAUGGCUUCAUCUUAAAAGCAUCGCUUCCUGUUUUGAACAUCUACCAUGUGCUUCAGCAACCGCAAGGUUUUGCUCCAUGUAAAGACUCGGGCUGCCAGCUGUGUUUGCCCUCCAAGAAAAGUGCUGCUGGAUUCACCUGUCUUUGUCCUGAGGGAGCGUUGCCCAUGUCUUGGGGGUCUUGUGAAAAUUUUAAGGUCGCCUAUGCAACAGCCACAGCCAUAUACAGUUUGGAGUUUGCAGGAAAGACUCCUGUGAAAACAGAACUCUUUACUUCAGAUGAAGACAUCCAGUCCUUUGACAUGUACUGGCGGAGAGGAUGUGUGGUCUGGUCUAAUGGGACGGGUCAUGUGAAAACUAACAUACAGUCUCAGGACUUGUCUGAGUACAUCCUGACUUUAAAACCUGCCUGCAUUGUCAGAGUUGACCAAAGGACUGGGAAUCUGUAUUGGCUGGCCUGUGACGAACUUUCCAUUGGAGUUUCUACCAUUGGCACCCUUGACCAGAGUAUCUCCAAACAGCUAUAUCAAGCCAGAACUGCAAUCCUAGACCUCUUUGUGGACUGGCAUAGAGGAAAGCUGUACUGGCUGGAGGGAGGUCGGGUCAUGAGAAUGAAACUGGGUCUGAUUGGUGGAAAUGCCGAAACUAUUUUCAGAUUUGAGGAGGAUGGAGUCGACCGCAUUGUGUUUGAUUGUAAAGCAAAUGGAUUCCUUUGGAACAUGGAGUCUUACUUGCAGGUUAUGAGUCUACUGAAGAUGUGGAAGUACUCGGCUGGUAAAGAUUGGGUUGUUCCUGGCUCCAUCAUGGCUGCUUAUGAACCCUACAUGGUGACCUUGUUCAAUAACAUCCUGACAGUGUGGAAUCGCAAAGAUGGAGCCCGCGUCUCUGGGGUGGCGGUAGAGAAUGGAGUUGUUAGCUUAUCUGUUGCCCUCAGGGAAGUCCAACAAGAUGCAACAGCCGAAGAAGUGCGUCCCACUGAGGUGACUUGCAAAAGUCCCCUAGUCAUUUGUCAAGGAUCAGCCGUGUGUAUCAGUCGAUCUCAGCGGUGUGAUGGGAAGCGAGACUGUCCGGAUGGAUCUGAUGAAGCCUCAUGUGUGCACAUGUGUGCAAAGCCAGAUGACUUCCUGUGUAAGGAUGGAAGUAAGUGUGUGGAGAGGGAUUUGGUGUGUGACGGCCGCUCUCACUGCAUUGAUGGGUCAGAUGAGAUGGGAUGUCCCACCAUGGCUCCUGAAACAGUCUCGAUGCCAUUAAAGUGUCGUGUGGGCUCUAAACCCUGUGAGGACGGACAUGAGUGUGUGCUGUACAGUCAUGUGUGUGAUGGAGAGAUGGACUGUAAAGAUGGAUCAGAUGAACAUGACUGUGAAUAUCAGUGUAAAGAAGAUCAGUUCCAGUGCGCUCAUGGGAGGAUGUGUAUCGACAGAAAGCAGGUGUGUGACGGCACGCCUCAGUGUCAGGAUCGCUCUGAUGAACUCGACUGUUACAGUCGCUCACACGAAUGCAAACAUCAGUGUGACGAUAAAACCCGCUGCAUCCCAGAGAGCUUCCUCUGUGACGGAGAGAAGGACUGUGUGGACGCCACUGAUGAAGCCAACUGCUCUGAGAUUAAAAGAGGGGAUAUAAAUUUGGUGACACUGAACAAAGGCAACAAGGAACAAGGUUUGAAACCUCCGCCUCCAGUCUGUAGAAGUCCUUCCAUGAUGUGUCCAGGAACAUCACUGUGCAUUUCCCAGAUUCAAGUGUGUGAUGGGAAGAUUGAUUGUCCAGAUGGUUUUGAUGAAGUUUCUUGUGUAGACGCUUGUUCAAAACCUGGUGACUUCCUGUGUAAGGACAGAAGGAAGUGUAUUGAUGGGAAUCUGGUGUGUGAUGGCAGCCCUCACUGCUUUGACGGCUCUGAUGAGAUGGCUUGUUACAUGGCAGCUAGAAAUUCAAAACCGGCACCAUUAAAGUGUCGUGUGGGCUCUAAACCCUGUGAGGAUGGACAUGAGUGUGUGCUGUACAGUCAUGUGUGUGAUGGAGAGAUGGACUGUAAAGAUGGAUCAGAUGAACACAACUGUGAAUAUCGGUGUAAAGAAGAUCAGUUCCAGUGCGCUCAUGGGAGGAUGUGUAUCGACAGAAAGCAGGUGUGUGACAGCACACCUCAGUGUCAGGAUCGCUCUGAUGAACUCGACUGUUUCAGUCGCUCACACGAAUGCAAACAUCAGUGUGACGAUAAAACUCGCUGCAUCCCAGAGAGCUUCCUCUGUGACGGAGAGAAGGACUGUGUGGACGCCACUGAUGAAGCCAACUGCUCGAAGGCUAACAGAGGGGACGUAAACGUGGUGCCAGUGAACAAAGCAAGCUCAGGUUUUGUACCGUCUCAGCCUCCAGUCUGUAGAAGUCCAUCUAUUAUGUGUCCAGGAGCAUCGCUAUGCAUUUCCCAGACUCAGCUGUGUGACGGGAGGAGAGAUUGUCCUGAUGGUUCUGAUGAAGGCUCAUGCAUUGACACUUGUGCAAAACCUGGUGACUUCCUGUGUGAGGACAGGAGAAAAUGUAUAGAGGGAGCUCUGGUGUGUGACGGCCGCUCUCACUGCAUUGAUGGGUCAGAUGAGAUGGGAUGUCCCACCAUAGCACCUAAAACCUCCACUUCAGCACCAUUAAAGUGUCGUGUGGGCUCUAAACCCUGUGAGGACGGACAUGAGUGUGUGCUGUACAGUCAUGUGUGUGAUGGAGAGAUGGACUGUAAAGAUGGAUCAGAUGAACAUGACUGUGAAUAUCAGUGUAAAGAAGAUCAGUUCCAGUGCGCUCAUGGGAGGAUGUGUAUCGACAGAAAGCAGGUGUGUGACGGCACACCUCAGUGUCAGGAUCGCUCUGAUGAACUUGACUGUUACAGUCGCUCACACGAAUGCAAACAUCAGUGUGACGAUAAAACCCGCUGCAUCCCAGAGAGCUUCCUCUGUGACGGAGAGAAGGACUGUGUGGACGCCACUGAUGAAGCCAACUGCUCUGAGAUUAAAAGAGGGGAUAUAAAUUUGGUGACACUGAACAAAGGCAACAAGGAACAAGGUUUGAAACCUCCGCCUCCAGUCUGUAGAAGUCCUUCCAUGAUGUGUCCAGGAACAUCACUGUGCAUUUCCCAGAUUCAAGUGUGUGAUGGGAAGAUUGAUUGUCCAGAUGGUUUUGAUGAAGUUUCUUGUGUAGACGCUUGUUCAAAACCUGGUGACUUCCUGUGUAAGGACAGAAGGAAGUGUAUUGAUGGGAAUCUGGUGUGUGAUGGCAGCCCUCACUGCUUUGACGGCUCUGAUGAGAUGGCUUGUUACAUGGCAGCUAGAAAUUCAAAACCGGCACCAUUAAAGUGUCGUGUGGGCUCUAAACCCUGUGAGGACGGACAUGAGUGUGUGCUGUACAGUCAUGUGUGUGAUGGAGAGAUGGACUGUAAAGAUGGAUCAGAUGAACACAACUGUGAAUAUCGGUGUAAAGAAGAUCAGUUCCAGUGCGCUCAUGGGAGGAUGUGUAUCGACAGAAAGCAGGUGUGUGACGGCACACCUCAGUGUCAGGAUCGCUCUGAUGAACUCGACUGUUUCAGUCGCUCACACGAAUGCAAACAUCAGUGUGACGAUAAAACCCGCUGCAUCCCAGAGAGCUUCCUCUGUGACGGAGAGAAGGACUGUGUGGACGCCACUGAUGAAGCCAACUGCUCUGAGAUUAAAAGCGGGGAUAUAAAUUUGGUGACAGUGAACAAAGACAACAAGGAACAAGAUUUGCAACCUCCGCCUCCAGUCUGUAGAAGUCCAUCCAUGAUGUGUCCAGGAACAUCACUGUGCAUUUCCCAGAUUCGAGUGUGUGAUGGGAAGAUAGAUUGUCCAGAUGGUUCUGAUGAAGUUUCGUGCGUAGAUGCUUGUUCAAAACUGAAAAUGCUAAGCACUGACAUCUGUAAUGUUGUUCCAGGUGACUUCCUGUGUAAGGACAGAAGGAAGUGUAUUGAUGGGAAUCUGGUGUGUGAUGGCAGCCCUCACUGCUUUGACGGCUCUGAUGAGAUGGCUUGUUACAUGGCAGCUAGAAAUUCAAAACCGGCACCAUUAAAGUGUCGUGUGGGUACUAAACCCUGUAAGGAUGGACAUGAGUGUGUGCUGUACAGUCAUGUGUGUGAUGGAGAGAUGGACUGUAAAGAUGGAUCUGAUGAAGCCAACUGUGCUGUUUCAAGACCAGCUCAGACAAGCUGUAAGAGUCCCUCUGUACUGUGUCCGGGGACGUCAGUAUGUGUUUCUCAGGCUCAGAUGUGUGACGGAAGAAUAGACUGUCCCGAUGGAUCUGAUGAAGCUUCUUGUAUAGAUGCAUGUGCUGCUCCAGGUGACUUUCUGUGUAAGGACAGGAGGAAGUGUAUUGAGGAAGCUCUUGUCUGUGAUGGACGCUCUCACUGCCUUGAUGGUUCUGAUGAGGUGGGAUGUUCUACCAUAGCAACUAAAACCACAACCACUGCACCCUUCAAGUGUCGUGUGGGCACUAAACCCUGUAAGGACGGACAUGAGUGUGUGCUGUACAGUCAUGUGUGUGAUGGAGAGAUGGACUGUAAGGACGGAUCUGAUGAAGAACAUUGUGAACUUCAGUGCAAUCCAGGGAUGUUUCAGUGUAUUCAGGGGAAGAAGUGCAUUGACUUCCGGCAGGUGUGUGAUGGGUCUCCUCAGUGUCCUGAUCACUCGGAUGAAGCAGGCUGCUGGAAACCCACCAAGAGCUGCAGCAUCCGCUGCGACGGGAACAGCCACUGUAUCCCAGAGGUGUUCAUCUGUAACGGUAUGAGGGACUGCUGGGAUGGCUCAGAUGAAGCGGACUGUGCUAUGCCCACGCCACAAUCAACUUGUAAAAGCCCUUACGUGGCUUGUCAAGGGACGUCACUCUGCAUCCUGCAGCAAUACCUGUGCGAUGGUAGAAAAGACUGUCCUGAUGGAUCUGAUGAGAGACCGUGUCUUCGCAACUGCCCAUAUCGCAGUGAUUUCAUGUGUAAAGACAGGACAAAGUGUAUUAAGAGGGAUCUGGUGUGUGAUGGUCAUUCUCACUGCCUUGACCGCUCGGAUGAGAUGAGAUGUCCCACUACAGCACCUAAAACCUCAACCACAGUGCUGUUAAAGUGUCGUGUGGGCUCUAAACCCUGUAAGGACGGACUCGAGUGUGUGCUGUACAGUCAUGUGUGUGAUGGAGAGAUGGACUGUAAAGAUGGAUCGGAUGAAGCUGACUGUGAUUUUAAUUGUAAAGCAGGGGAAUUUCAGUGUGCCCAUGGGAGGAAAUGCAUAGACUCAAAACUAGUGUGCGAUGGCAAACCACAAUGUCAGGAUUUUUCUGAUGAGAGGGACUGCUUCAUACGCAGCAAGAGCUGCAGCCAUCGCUGUGACAACAAAACCCGCUGCAUCCCAGAAAACUUCCUGUGUGAUGGAGAGAAAGACUGUGUGGAUGGCACUGAUGAAUCUGACUGCGGGUACCCCACAAAGGUAGUGAAGUGUGAGAGUCCUGCUGUGUUGUGUCGUGACGGGUCGCUGUGCAUCCCUCACACCAAGCUCUGUGAUGGCAAGAGAGACUGUCCUGAUGGAUACGAUGAAACAUUUUGCCUUGACAGAUGUCCAAACGCAGGUGACUUCCUGUGUAAGGACAGGAAGAAGUGUGUGGAGAGGGAUCUGGUGUGUGACGGCCGCUCUCACUGCAUUGAUGGGUCAGAUGAGAUGGGAUGUCCCACCAUAGCACCUAAAACCUCCACUUCAGCACCAUUCAGGUGUCGUGUGGGCUCUAAACCCUGUGAGGAUGGACAUGAGUGUGUGCUGUACAGUCAUGUGUGUGAUGGAGAGAUGGACUGUAAAGAUGGAUCAGAUGAACACAACUGUGAAUAUCGGUGUAAAGAAGAUCAGUUCCAGUGCGCUCAUGGGAGGAUGUGUAUCGACAGAAAGCAGGUGUGUGACGGCACACCUCAGUGUCAGGAUCGCUCUGAUGAACUCGACUGUUUCAGUCGCUCACACGAAUGCAAACAUCAGUGUGACGAUAAAACUCGCUGCAUCCCAGAGAGCUUCCUCUGUGACGGAGAGAAGGACUGUGUGGACGCCACUGAUGAAGCCAACUGUGCUCCCAUCACUGGCCCAUCCAUCACAGACCAGCCAGUCUGCUUUAGCCCUUCUGUAUUUUGUCAUGAAACCUCAAAAUGCAUCUCACAGUCCCAGCUCUGUGAUGGAAAACCAGACUGUAGAGACGGUUCAGAUGAGAAAAACUGCUACACUGGUCGUGCGAGUGCAGGUGCUUCAUUACCUCUGAAAUGUCCCUUGGCAUCCAAACCUUGUAGAGAUGGGAAAGAGUGUGUCCUGUACAGCCAUGUGUGUGAUGGGGAGAAAGAUUGCAAAGAUGGGUCAGAUGAGAGGAACUGUGAACGUAAAUGUAAAAAAGGCCAGUUCCAAUGUGCUCAUGGCAGGAAGUGUAUAGACCUGAAGCUUGUGUGUGACGGCACACCUCAGUGUCAGGACCGAUCAGAUGAAAUCAACUGUAUGAAGCUCUCAGAGGAGUGCGGGCACCCGUGUGACAAUAAAACCCGCUGCAUUCCUGAAACCUUCCUCUGUGAUGGAGAGAGAGACUGUGCGGAUGGCACUGAUGAAGCCAACUGUGUUGUAGAGCCCUGUUCCAGUGACCGGUUCCAGUGCAGUAACGGUCAGUGUGUGGCGCUGGCCCUCCACUGUGAUGGGUACGCUGACUGUCGUGAUCACUCGGAUGAGAAGGGCUGUCCUCAACCUCCACACUGUCCUGUGAAGCAGCGCUGCCCCCACACACACGAGUGUCUGCUGAAGCAAUGGCUCUGUGAUGGAGACCAGGAUUGCAGUGAUGGGUCUGACGAGAGGAACUGCAAGGUGACUCUGCUGAAGUGUGGAGACUUCCAGUGGUCGUGUGCAUCUAAAACUCAAUGCAUUGCAACGAUGUGGAGGUGUGAUGGCGUAAAGGACUGCAAAGAUGAGAGUGAUGAAUCUGGAUGUGGUCAAGUGAAAUGCCCGACACACUUGUUCCAGUGUGGAAGUGGGGAGUGUGUGGACCCAGAUCUGGUGUGCAACAGGGCAUCUGACUGUGCAGACGGUUCUGAUGAGGGUCUGGGGUGUCUGAAGAACAACUGCUCCAGUCCCAGCCGCCCAUCAUGCCAGCACUAUUGCAUGAACACUCCACAUGGAGCGAGAUGUGGCUGUAAGACUGGCUUCAGGCUUCAUUCUGACGGUUUAACCUGCAACGACAUGGAUGAAUGUAAAGAGAUUCAGCCAGCUGCCUGCAGUCAUAAAUGCCUCAACACGCUGGGCUCUUACCUGUGUCAAUGCCACCCUGAAUUUAUACUGGAGCCAGAUGGACGCAGCUGCAAGACAGCAGAGGAGCCCAGUCUUUUGAUCUCUGAACAGUAUGAGCUGUUAAAUUUGGGUCUGCGAAGCUCCAGUAUUGAAGCUCUCAUCGCACCAGGACAGAAGGCCAUCUUCUCUCUGGACUACGACCGGCGAGAGCAGAGGGUGUACUGGGUCAGUCUGGAGGAAGAGAGCAUCAAAUAUGCCUUCCACAGAAUAAAGGAAAACAUUGGAACUAUCGUCAAAGGUGUGAAGUCAGACUCCAUUGCUAUUGACUGGAUGGGAAGAAACCUUUACUGGGUGGAUGGUGUUGCUGGGCAGAUUCUAGCUGUGAGAUUGACCAGCAGUAUUGUAAAGGCACAAAACUACAUCAUAGUUGUGGAUAAGGAUUUGCAUCAGCCUCGUUCGCUUGUGCUGCUGCCUCAGAAGGGGAUAAUGUUCUGGUCUGAGAUUGGAGGUCGGGCACGGAUCGAGCGCUCCGGCAUGGACGGCUCAGACAGGAAGGUGGUGGUCAGCCGUGGUCUCGAGCAGCCUGUCAGCAUGACGGUGGACACUCUUACUGACAGACUAUACUGGACUGAUGAGAAGCUCAGGUGUAUAGGCUCAGCGACGCUGGAUGGAGAAAACAUGAGGUUGCUGCAGCUGUCCGAGAUGCCCAGUCUUUUCUCUGUGGCUGUGUUUAAUGACAUGGUCUACUGGUCUGACACUCACAGAAGAUCUGUUCAAGCUGCCAAUAAACUGACUGGCAAGAACCGCAAAGUUCUCCUCAAGAGACCCGGACAGCCGUUUGACCUCAAAGUUGUCCACCCUCUUUUGCAGCCCAAUGUGUCUGGUCCGUGUGAGAAGCUCAGAUGCUCUCACGUGUGUUUGCUGACUCCGGGGCUCGACGCGGUCUGUCGCUGCCCAGCGGGGCUUCUCUUAGCCGUGGACGGAUUCACCUGUGCCACGGAUUCGUCGCCUUUCCUUAUGCUGCUGUCUCCUACCAUGAUUACACAGAUCUUCACGAAGAGCCUUCAGGCAGAGGUUGGGCUGAAGACGUGGCCGGAGCACCGUGCUUUGGCUCUGCCUGCCGUGAAUGAAGCUUCAGACUUUGAUCUGCUCCUUAAGGACCGCACCAUCUCUGUAGCUGACGCCGGACGCGGGUCUGUAGCUCAGCUCAAGCUCAGCGGCUCUGGUUUCACACCCCUCGGUCACGUGCUUCAGCUCAAGGGGGACCUGGUGACUGCUCUGGCUGUGGACUGGGUCACCCAAAACCUCUACUGGAGCAGCGUCAAGAGCCCCCAGCUUUACGUCACGUCCCCCGGAGGGAAAUACACCGGCCUGGUGCUGCAGGCUGAGCUGGAGGGAACCAUCUCCAUCGCCCUGCACCCUCCCACGGGCCGGCUGUGCUUCACUGCAGUGGGACGGAUGGCAGCCCAGUCUCUGCCUCAGGUGUACUGUGCUCACAUGGACGGGAACAACCGCACACUGCUGUGGAGCAAAGCAAAGAUGCCUGCUUCACUUGCCUUUUCUGAGAAAGGAACAACACUGUAUUGGGCAGAUAUCGGGAAUGAAAUGAUUAGCUCUAUUAAUAUCGAUGGCUCUGAUUAUACGGAGUACAGCACCGGAUCUGCCUUCAUUGUGUCUUUUGCUCGUGUUGAGGACAUCUACUUCUGGAUCACUCUGGACAACGGUACAGCUAAAGUAUGGUACACUGAUGGUUUCCAGCCCAAACUGAUGUGGUUUGAGGUGACAGCGAACGUCAUAGAGCUGAAGGCUUACAGCAGGUCCAGUCAGAAAGGAACCAAUGUCUGUUCUGAAAACAACGGGGGCUGCAGUCACCUGUGUCUGCCGUAUCCAGGUGGACGCUCAUGUCGCUGUGCGCAGGACUACCUCUCGGUGAACAAAACCAAAUGCGUUUCCAACCUCGAGUGUCCUGUGGGCAGUAAAGCGUGCAGAGACGGCCUCAAGUGCAUCCCUGCGGCCAAGUUCUGCGACCAGAUCCCAGACUGCCAGGACGGCUCGGAUGAGGAGUGUGCUCUGGGCUCUGCUGUCGAUCUCUCUCCGUCUGGAGACGGCAGCGCUGCGGUGCAGGAGUCGUGUCAGGCAGAGCGCUGCAGCGGUCACGGGACGUGUGUGAGAGUGGAGGGUGAGCCGGUGUGUGAGUGUGAGGAAGGAUACAGCGGGGAUCUGUGUCAGAACGCCGCCUCCAGCAGCACCGCACUCGCGCUCACACUUACCUUUCUCUUCGGAGGUGCUCUGAUGGCCGCCGUCAUCCUCAAGAGGAGAAGGGCACAAGCAGCGAGGGAAGACACCACUGAAAAAGAAACACUUGUGACUGACGUGGAAGAGCACACGACCUACUCAAACUUUGCUAAUGAGUUGUAUGAUCCUGAAGAGGGUCCGAUUACUCCAGCCAUUACCACCACCCCUGUUGUCAGCUAAUGCUUUUUUUUUUUUUUUUCCCCCUCUAAUAAAAAAAUAAUAAUGUUGCAAGAAAUAUGGUGUGGCUCACUUC